UGUUCUGGAGUAGGAGGAGAAGAGGAGGAGAUACGUGUAGUCCUGGCUGUAGCCAGAUUAGCAUUAGCAGCACGCAGCUAGGCGGAGGCGCAACAAGCUCCUUGAACGCCGAAAUAAGUUCUCAGACGAGAUUUUUCUCCCCACUUGGAAUUAGCCUGAUUGUUUUUUUAAUGUUUACUAUUCUGGAGUAACACCAUAACCGGACAUAGCGUGAAAAACUAUGGUGAUGGCGUGGUCUUGUGUACUGUCUGCACUGCGUGUGUGGAGAUGGUUUUAACAGAUGCUCUUCUGGAGGACUCAGGAACUCUCCACCGGCCUGAAGAAACCUCUUAAGCAAACGUGACACUUUACACAAAAGGAUAUACAUCUAUCGAGGACACACAGACACGUGGACUUUACAAACUUCUCCUUCAUUCCCAACACUACUAGAGGACAAGCUCCUCUCCGUUGUUGUUUUUUUAUAUAUAUAUAUUAUUUCUUCCUCUUUGUCGCAACCUCACCGCCACCAUGCCAAGCACCAUCCGCCGGCAGAUGAAAAACAUGGUCAACAAUUACUCUGACGCUGAGAAGAAAGUCAGAGAGGCCACGUCCAACGACCCGUGGGGCCCGUCGUCUUCGCUCAUGUCCGAGGUGGCCGACCUCACCUACAACGUGGUGGCCUUCAGCGAGAUCAUGAACAUGAUCUGGAAGCGGCUCAACGACCACGGGAAGAACUGGCGCCACGUCUACAAAGCCCUCACGCUGCUCGACUACCUGAUAAAGACUGGCUCGGAGAGGGUGGCGCUGCAAUGCAAGGAGAACAUCUUCGCCAUCCAGACCCUCAAGGACUUCCAGUACAUUGACAAAGACGGCAAAGACCAGGGCAUCAACGUUAGAGAGAAGAGCAAGCAGCUGGUGGUACUGCUGAAGGACGAAGAGCGCCUUAAAGGAGAGAGGUCUCAGGCUUUGAAGACUAAGGAGCGCAUGGCCCAGGUGUCCACAGGGAGCACUCAGAUGGGCUUCGGCCGAGGCUCGUCCCAGCCCAACCUCUCCACAUCCUACAGCGAAGAGUACGGCAGGUCGGAGGGCUCCCCCGCCUCCUACCACGGCUCCACAUCUCCCAAUGCGGGCUCAGAGCUGGAGCAGGCCAGACCUCAGACCAGUGGAGAAGAGGAACUCCAGCUACAGCUUGCCUUGGCCAUGAGCAGAGAAGCAGCCGAGCAGGAGGAGCGCCUACGCAGAGGUGACGACCUGAGACUACAGAUGGCCUUGGAGGAGAGUAAGAAAGAAGGUCCAGGCUCAGCAAAGCUCCCCAAGAAGAAGAAAGAGCCACAGUCAUCUUUGAUGGAUCUAAUGGAUGUCCCUGAGCCGGGUCCCAAGUCUGACCCCUGGGGAAUGGGGGGCGGGGCUGGAGCCGGAGCUGCAGCUGCAUCAGGAGACCCGUGGCAGCCUUAUGGCUCUGCCCCUCGGCCGUCGGUGCCACCCGACCCCUGGGCUGCUCCUGCAUCUCUGCCUGCCAUGAAGGCCAGCGACCCCUGGGCAAACUCCGCUCCGGCGUCCGACCCCUGGGGGUCUGGAGCUGGCCGCCCUAAAACCUCCAACACAGGUAACUUUGACCUGUUCAGUACAUCCAAUGGUACAUCCAAGGAAGACUUCUCAGAGUUUGACAACCUGCGCUCUUCCUCCUCUGUCCCCACUGCCGACGCGGGCAUUACAUCCUCUCUCCCCUCCCAAGUCAGUCUGGCCAGUAGCGGCAGCCUGGACCUCUUCGACCCGCUGCCCACUUCCACUUUGAUCUCCACAAACCCGACCAGAAAGACUCCGGAGUCCUUCCUGGGACCCAAUGCAGCGCUGGUCAAUCUGGACUCUCUGGUGACCAAACCGGCUCAGCCCGCGCCCAUUGUUAACCCGUUCUUGGCUGCUACAGGUGGCUCGGCUCCUGCACCCCUCGCCAACCCGUUCCAAAUGACCCAGCCGGUUCCCCCCACUCUCAACCAGAUGCGCGUCAGCCCGAUGCCCUCCGGCUUCGGCAGCAUGGCCGAGCCCAUGCCGCUGGCCUCCGUGCCCGCUCAGCCCGUCGCCAUGGUCCCCUUGGCAGGGAUGGCCCCCAUGGGCCACGGGAUGCCCGGCACGGGCGGCGGCGUGGGCGCAGGGAUCCCACCCGCCAUGUCGAUGCCUCAACCGUUGAUGAGCAUGCCCCCCCAGGCCGGGUCACAACCCGCCGGAACCACCAACCCCUUCCUCUUGUGAAAGGAGGACACACUUUCUCCUUCACUUGCUCCUCGACACGAACAAGAAGAUAUUUUAUCCCGUUUAUCCAUUUAAAAGCCACUCCCAGCCAGGUGCCCGACUAAAAUACUUCCUGACUCUUUUCUGCUCCUGUCCUGCUCAGCUACAAGCUGCCUAGUCUUGUGAGUUCCAGGCUGAUCCUAAUAUGAUGCUGGCGACCACACAGGUCUUUGCACCUGUCUACGGACUUCAGAGUUUCUGCCAGGGUGGGACUGGACCCAGUUUCUCCUUCCAUUCUUCCUCUUGUUCACCCUUUGGACUGCUCUUUUCCUCUUUUUGUGAUGGGGUGACCGGAGAGUCAGCCUGUACUAAUUCCAGCAUCUUAUCUCUUCUCUAGAACUAAUCUUUUAUAAGCUCUAUCCGCUCUAGUGUGUCUGUGUGUAUCUGUGUGUGAGCGAGUGCACAUCUCAGUGGUUUUACACUGUGUAUAUCCCAGUGAGUUUUCCUCAAACACACUGGAUUAAGGAUGAGAGAUGUGUUUAUACUCCCUGCGUGUAUGUUGUGUGUAUUACAAAGCAGGAAUUUUGCACAAUUUUUGCUUUUUUUUGUUGUUGUUUUUUUUUUUUUUUUUUUUUUCAGUGACUGUUGGACUCACCGUUACACCUUAGCUCACAGAGUAAGUCUGAUUAAAACAAACGACAAGGCACACCCGUACACUGCCUCGGCUGUUGGUACUAACUCAGUCCGAACCCUUCGUCUUCACUUUGGAUCUUCUUUUUUUCCUGACCUGAACCUUGACCACGAGGGGGUCACGAAAUUAAAAAUGAACACUCCACUUAGAGGAAAUGGAACUGCUCUUUUCAGUCCUAAAGAGAGGCCAGGAAAGAUGUUUUCCACGUGCGUAUGUGCUCGUACGCAGUCCUGCUGUUACCGCUCAGAUACUAACAGCCACACAUCAGAGCGUUUUUCUACUGCGUCUCCUACCCGGUCAGCGAUUUUAGAAGAGAAAGACAAACUGUGUCAGUAUUUUCCGAGUCGAACAAGCGGAUGCAGGUGAGUAUCGUGGAACAAUUUUUUUUCAUUAUUUUCAUUCUUUUGAAUUUUCUAGGGUUAAAAGGGAUGAGGGACAGUGUGUGUUUAGCUUCCAAGUGUACUUUACUCAAGUUUUUUUCUAUUUUCACCUUCUGUUAGAAUUUGCAACCUAAAACAAAGGGCAGUUUAGUUAACUUAUUAACUAACUAACUUGGUUUGUGGUGAAGAGGUCUCAGCCUUGAGAAGAACCUUCACCUCCAACAGGACUUUUCGGUUUUAUAGGUAAUCUCUUAGAUCAUCACCCAGUCCUGUCUCACACACAGACACACACGCAUGCGCGCGCACAGGACUAUUGAUAGCACAGGGGAAUCCCAUAGCAAACAACAAUGUAAACAGUUGGUUGUUACUAUUUUUUUUGUUACUAAAAAAAGCUGUGUUUUAGUAGUUUCUUCAUUUUCAUUCUGGUUUUGUUGCCGUGCCGCCCUAUGGGUUGGUCAUGUUACUCCUAGAAGCACAACUGUUACCGAAGUCAUAGCGACUGAUUUUUUUUUUUUUUUUUGUGACAGUAAGGUCACACUUAGUUAGCAUUACGUUUUUAUUUUAUUUUUUUUGCUAUUGUUUAUUAAAGGUUAUGAUUUAAGAGGCUCUUUGAUGAGACAGGUUCAUAACUCUGUGCUAAUUUACGCCUUUGUCAAGUGUUUAUGUAAUUAAAUAGUGUUACUUUUGGCUGAUUAUAUAUAGAUUUCCAGAAAGCAAGUUUGAGCUUCCCUGUCUCUUCUGCUGGUAAAGAAAAGUGGGUUGAUGAAUUGUGGCUUAAAAUUAAAUGCACAGGUUUUGUAGACUUUCCCCAUUCCUUUUUUAAAGGGACAGUUCCUUUUGCUGUGAAGUUCUGUUUAGUAAUUUAUAGCAAUAGCUUCCUAUCCUGUAAUAGACAGAUGCUGUUUCACAGGGAGCUUGCACAAAAAGGAAGAAAGCCUGGCAGCUAGUCAAAGAAAACCUACUCUGAUUUUAGUCAUUUCAAACAAAUAUUCAUAUCCAGAAUAUGUUAACUGAGCAUGUAUCCAUGCUAGAGUUGCAGCUGCUGUAUCAGUCCACCUGAUCACGGGUCUGCACCUCUGAAAAAUGUAACAAAAUCCAAAAGUGUAUGCCCUUCUUGCCUGACGAGUACAAGUGGAGGGAUACACCCGGCAGCCAUUUUAACUUCAACAUAGACAUGUUGCAUUGAAUAUGGUAUGACUGGAGUACUACCUGGAGGGGUGGCAUAUUUAAUUUUAAGCAUUUGGCAAGUAUUGGUAACAGGGUGGAACAAAGAUAAGUUUGGAAAAAUAUUUGAGUUUCCCAACUUCGUUCCUUAUUCUAAUUACAUGAAAUAGUUCUUAAUCACAAAGAUUCCCCAUUGGGUUGUUUCAUGAUUUGCACAAUUUGUGGUAAAUGUUUUGCAUUCAGCUGUCCGGGCAAAUCCAAAGAUUUGACCCUGGAAAUUUUCAAGCGAAAUAUUAAUAGGACCCCAUGAGCUUAAACCCUUUGAAUUUAACUUAACUUCAAGUUACUAAAAUUAGUUGCUGUCCAGUUUCCAGUUUGAAGAUUUCGUCUCUGUUCUAUAAACCCACUGUGACAUUUUCAUCCAUCUGCUACAGGUUAUGGAUCUAUUACUGAUGACUUCACAGUCCUAAACUUCAGAAUGUUCAAAUAUUCCCUUUAAGUCUGUGGGGUGUUCAAACUUUUUUUUUUUUUGCUUACUUCCAUUUGGAUUGGGUUGUCGCCUCCUUGUGGUAUGACGUGGCUUCACUGCAGAUCUUUGGAUACUUCCACCGAACGCAGACCUCCCCAUUUCUCUCAGGCAAAACAAAAAAAAGAAAAAAAAAAAGAGGAGCUGCUCCAAGUGUAUAUGAUAUGGGACAUUCUUGACAUGGCUAUGAUGGUGUUUGUGCUCGGACUCUUGAACGAACGGGUGUGAAACAUACUUGUAAACCAGCAAAUGUUUUAAUCUCUAGAAAACAUUAUGCAAGCUUAGUGAGGGUAGGGAGAGAAGAGGGACUGGGGUUGCUAAUAAAGUCUUUACUGAAAUAUUGAAAUAUUAAUAACCAAAUUUCAUCACUGUGGUUCAGUGAAAGCGUGACCCAUGCAGUGAGCGCCUCCGAGUCAUGUACUAAAUAUGUUUUGUUUUUUAUGUUUUGUUCCUCUCCAGAGAACUAACUGACUUCAUGAACUGUCUUGUCUUCAUAUGCAUAAACUGACUCCUUUUAUUCCCUUCUCCUGUCUGACUAGUUACCCUUUUCUUAGUAAUGGGAGCAGACUUCUGUCUUUUUUUUUUGUUUUUGGAUUUGUGCUCUACCUGUUGGCAUUAUAACUGUAUAAUAUAAUUUAUCAUUUGUACUAUUGUAACAUACUGUUCUUCUGUAUACCUUAUUAUUCUGUGUAAUGGGUUUUUGUAGGAAAAAAAAAACAAGUGGUAUUUUAACGGCCUCUAAACAAGCAAGCGCAGCUGACCGAACCCUGUUUGGAUGAGGACGACUGUAGCUGCAUUGGUUCAAAAAUAAAAUGUAUUUCACUUCA